GCGAGGCAGGAGGUGACUACGGCUGUAGCUUCGUGGCCUCCUGCGUGUGCCGUGAGUGGAGCCGUGAGUGGAGCCGUGAGGUGCACAGUGCCCUCACCCUCGGUGUGGCAAAAAGGCAUAUUACAUUGCAGCUUAGUAUGUCAGCCUCUGGAGAAGGCAGCCACCCUGGUGGCACAGUGCCUCAGCCACUGAUGCAGCUACAGGAGCUGGAACCCCGUGUGGCCCGAAGACGCCUGUCCCAGGCCCGCCACCGAGCCACCAUGGCUGGGCUCUUCGAUAACCUGAGGAAGAUGGUUUACUCUGAGUCUGAGCUCACAGCUUCAAAGUGGCAGGUUCUGAACAAAGCAAAGAAUCAUAUUCAGGAACUGGAAGGAACCCUGGACACUUUGCUGAAGCUGAAAGUGUCCUUCAAUCUGGAGGAUGGGAACGCCAACAGCUUACAGGAGGUUAAGGAAGAAUAUGCUGCAGCGUUCUCCAGAAAUGAGAGUUUGAACUCAGAUAGUUUUCGUCAGAAUGGCUUCUUCUCCGGCUACCCAACUGAGGCAGUCAAGAAGGAUGUAGAAGAGGAAGAAGUUGAAGUAGAGGAAGAGGAAAACCAAGAGGCACAGGAAGAGGAGAAGAAAAAAGUGGAUCUCCUACCCUCCCUAAGCACUUCAUCACCAGACCUCCUGGAAUUUGAGCGGUACCUCAACUUCUACAAGCUGACAAUGGACCUGCUAAUUGAGAACGGCAUCAUCUCCUCACAGAUGGCGUCACAGCCCAUUGUCUCAGCAGCCAUCUCCCACCUGUGGCAGACACUGUCUGAGGACUGGAAGGCCAGCAUCCUGCAGGCCUGGACCCAGCAGCACAGCGGCCUCCUGGGCCUGGGCACUAGCCCACAGCAGGCAUGUGUUGAGGACAGCAUGAAGGACAGCGGUGUGGACAGCCAAGGAGCAAGCUGCUCACUGGCCUCCACCCCGGAAGAGGUCCUUUUUGAAGAUUCCUUCGAUGUGGCAAGUUUCCUUGACAAAAGAGAAAUUCCAAGUACAUCUAACCCCAGUUCAGUGUUUGCCGGCUUCAAUCCAGAAAACUCAGAUAAGAAGUUGCAGUUCUACCUUCAUGUCAUCGAUUUUUUAAAGGGCCUCUCCUGCAUUGACACUCAAUUAAAACAGGAACUGGCCCCUGUUCCUGUUGAUGAUGAGAUGCUGCUGCUGAGGUGCCUAGAGACAUUCGACGAUGAGGAUUUGUGAUGCAGGAUUUGUGACGGGGAAGGGGCCAGAGGAGAGGCACAGUUUGCAAGUUUUAAUGCUGGGAACAGUUUUACCUGCCACGGCCUUCUGGGACUCUUUGGCACAGACUAUACAUUUGGUGCUUUUAGUUUCUGAGUAUUAAAAAGUUUUAAAAGUUUAAAAGAUUAUUAUAAAGUUUAAGAGAAGUGUGGCCUUAUGUCAGUCUUUAGAGUUGUUUGAUAGAAGGGGCCGACCUGCUGCAGGGCACACAUGCACUUGGACUUGUUCUUGGGGUACUGGGUACAGCUGAGUCUCAAGCCGUGGGCUUUCCAAGAAGAGGGUGGGCAUCUUCCCCUGUAGGUGAGCAAACACCAGGUCCUUUUAGCCCAUCCCAGACUCAGAGCAUUGCUGUGAUGGGUUCUACAGUGUUCUGGAGCCCAGUCGUACAUCCUGCCUGCUCUCGGAGUCUGGAAAUGGUGCUCACCUCACCCCUGUGCCAUAGGACCACAGGGUGGAGCCAGGUGC